GUUGAAUUAGAUAGAUCUUCAAGCUCAUCUCUUCAUUGUUCUGUUUCACACUAACCUUACACACCAACCGAAUAUUAUAAAGCACAAUCCUGUGCAUCUUACACGUACUCACAAAAACUGUCUCGCUGGCAUCCCCAAAUCUCUCAAAUCAAUCCAUUUUGACAAAAGACAAUUCAACUUCAACACUUUAAUAACUCCCAGUCAAACUCCCAAUUUCCCAACCCAUCCUAAAUCAUCAAAAUUCAUUUCCAGUAACCAAAAAUAACAUAUGCGUUCAUUUCAAUUUUCAAGCAUAUAAGAUGAAAUCAGAAACAUUAACACUUGUUUUGGUGAAUCUAGCUGGAAUAAUGGAAAAAGCAGACGAAUCAUUACUUCCUGGUGUAUACAAAGAAGUUGGUGCUGCUCUUCAUACUGAUCCUACAGGACUCGGUUCGCUUACUCUCUUUCGAUCCAUUGUUCAAUCUUCUUGUUACCCAAUUGCCGCGUAUCUCGCCACGCGUCAUAAUCGUGCUCAUGUUAUUGCUCUUGGUGCUUUUCUUUGGGCUGCUGCUACUUUUCUUGUUGCCUUCUCCUCCACUUUCUUUCAGGUAGCAGUUUCACGAGGAUUAAAUGGGAUUGGUCUUGCACUUGUAACUCCUGCAAUUCAGUCCCUAGUUGCAGACUCUACUGAUGAUAACAAUCGUGGCAUGGCUUUUGGAUGGCUUCAACUAACCGGAAAUCUCGGUUCAGUUGUUGGUGGCCUCUUCUCAGUGUUGAUAGCUCCAAUAACAGUCUUUGGUAUCGCUGGUUGGAGAAUUUCAUUUCAUGUUGUUGGAUUAAUAAGCAUUAUAGUUGGUACUUUAGUUUUCAUCUUUGCCAAAGAUCCACAUUUCGAAGAUAAGGGCACACUGGCAAAAGAUAGCAACCAAGUUCCAAAGGAAACAUUUUGGUCUGGAGUAAGAGAUUUGUUGCAGGAAGCCAAAUCGGUUUCUAGGAUUUCGUCUUUCCAGAUAAUUGUUGCACAGGGUGUUACUGGCUCCUUUCCUUGGUCGGCUUUGUCAUUUGCGCCGAUGUGGUUAGAGCUGACUGGCUUUUCACAUGCAAAAACUGCUUUCCUCGUAGCUUUGUUUGUGGUUGCAAGUUCUGUUGGUGGUUUGUUUGGUGGUAAGAUGGGAGAUAUCCUUUCAAGGCAUCUUCCGAAUUCAGGGAGGAUAAUUCUAGCACAGAUAAGCUCCGGAUCCGCGAUCCCCUUGGCAGCGAUUCUUUUGCUGGGUUUACCAGAUGAUCCAUCUACAGCAUUGUCACAUGGUUUGAUGCUCGUCAUUUUGGGGCUCUUUAUAUCUUGGAAUGGUCCUGCUACAAAUAAUCCAAUUUUUGCAGAGAUAGUUCCAGAGAGAUCCCGAACAAGUGUGUACGCAUUGGACCGAUCCUUCGAGUCUAUACUAUCAUCUUUUGCUCCUCCUGCAGUGGGGAUAUUGUCUCAGCAUGUUUACGGGUAUAAGCCUAUUCCCAAAGGAUCUAGUGCAUCUCAAGAGAUUUUAACAGACAGAGAGAAUGCUUCAUCAUUGGCAAAGUCUCUUUACACAGCAAUAGGAAUUCCAAUGGCUCUAUGCUGUUUAAUCUAUUCAUUUCUUUAUAAGACCUAUCCGAGAGACAGAGAAAGAGCUAGGAUGGAGGCUUUAAUAGAAUCGGAGAUGCAGCAUAUUGAAUCAGAUGGGUUAGUCGUGGAUAAGUCCGAGGAAUUAUCUAUUGGAGAUUAUGAUGGUGAUGGAGGUGAUCUUGAUGAUGAAGAGAAUAUAUUGCUCUACAGGCAGUUGACAUUCUCCAACUUAGCUGAUUAGUUAAUUCAAAAAUUUAUAGAGAAGAGAAAAAAUUUCAUAUUUGCUUAGUGGUGGUGAAUUUUUUAGAACAAAAUUUUGACCAAUUUUGGCAUUCACCAAACAUGGAUUGUAAUAGAGCAAACAGUAUACACCAUAGUUUCAUAGUGUUAUCUUUCACUUAUGAGGGAAGAGUUUCUUUUGUUGUAGGCAAUUCGAUUGUGUACACUAUUAUACAUAGGAUGACAAUGUAAAUUUAUAUGGUUUGGCUAAUGUAAUUGACAUUCUGAUUUUUUAAAUGUUCUUUCAUAAUGCUCAGGUAUA